GAGCCGCUGCUGGCCCCCUGCGCGGCAUGGUGCUCUCCGAGGGCGACGUCGAGGCGCUCGAGCUCAUGCCGACCUUCGCGUCGCAGCAGCCACCGCAGCACGGCGAGCAGGACGCCUGGGCGGCAGCGGCUGCGCAGCGCUUCGGCCCACCGCCUGCGGCAGGAGGAGCGACUGCCGCCGCCUCUGGCACGGCGACCCUCUCCAGCAUGCUGGCCAACAUGGAGCGCCGCCUCGGCUCGCAGAUCCAGUCAACCACCAACAACCUCUCGCAGAUCUUCCAGUCCACCCAGCAGGAGUUCGCCCAGGCCGUCGACGCCCGCUUCGCCGCGGUGGACUCGCGCCUGGGCAGCAUGGAGCAGCGGAUGGCAGACUUCGGCCGCCUUCGUCAGGAGAUGGCCGAUCUCCGCACAGAGAUGGGCGUCGUGGCGUCGGCCACCCCGCAGGCCCCAAUGCUGGAGACGGGCUGGUCCAGGCCCAUCGACCCCACCAUCCUGUCCAUCGUGGCGCGCGCGAACGUCCCGAAGGAGGCGGUCGCGCAGGCGCUGCAGCAGCUCCUGGUGGACGCCGAGCUGCACAACCUCACCCCGGUGGCGACAAGGCUGGAGGGCGAGGAGAUGGGGAGGCACUUCAAGCUCCGCUGUGUGGGUGCUGUGGGCCUGGCCACGCGGCGCGUGGGGAAGCUCGUGGGCCUCCUGCGAACAGGCCCAUCCACGUGGAGGGAGUUCGCUGCCGUGCUGCCGAACGGUCCAAGCGUCCCCCUCAGUGUGGGCCGCGACCGCAACCAGUCCCAGAUCUCCCACGAGAUCUACCUCAAGCGUAUCAAGGCCGCCCUUCAGGAGACGAUCGAAGCGCGACUCUUCGCCGACAAGGAGGUCAACGCCAUCACGGUCAAGUGGCGCCAGCUGCUCAAGCUCUCCAUCGCGCCCCCAGGUGCCACGCCGACGGUCUCAUGGAACAUGGUGGCUGUGCGCGCGAUCGGCCAGACGCAGGACGCCCUGCAGGCGGUGGUGGACCGCGUCUUGGAGCCAGAGCGGCAAUGGCUGGAGGCGCUGCGGGCAGCCGCGGAGAUGAUGCCAGGCAAGCCAACGCGCUGGAACGCCAGCACGCGCACCAGCUCCUCCAUCGACCGCGCGUUCGUGGGGGUCCCGCGGUGGCAGCUCUGCCAAGGCUGGCAGGCGUGCCAAGUGCGGGGCGAGGCGCGCGAGUUGCACAUCCGCGGGAUAAGCGAUCACACCAUGGUCGCUGUCUCGCUGCUGCGGCGGACGCCUGGGCGCCGACGCCCUGACGCGCCAGCGGCCAUUCCCCUCGCCGUGGUCCAGCGCCCGCGCUUCAAGGAGCUUGUUGACGGGUACCUGGCGAUGGUCCCCAUGCAGCACCAAGAGCCGCCCGACGAAUACAAGUACUUCACGCGGAUCCUGCAGGCGGCGGCCAAGGAUGUCCAGAAUGAGACCCUCGUUGCCGAGGGCUGGACCAAGGGUGCCUCCGCCAUCAUCUGGCGCCAGCUGGCGAGGGCGUUCUGGCGCCAAGACUGGAAGCUGGCGCAGCUGGUGGUGGCACAGAACGCCUGGGCACGCGAGCUGGUCAGGGCCUCGGAGCAGUCUCGCUCGGUCGAGAUCCUCGACUACGCGGAGUUCCAGAGGAGAUACAACAUCGCCCAGCGGAAGGAUGCUGCGGGUAGGCGCCGCGUCCUUGAGGAGGCAGCCCAGCAUGAGCCUGCAGAGUGCCGUCGGCGCCAGCUCGUGGCCCAGCAGCGGGCUCUGAAGCGACGGGCGCGGCUCUGGGCUCCCUUCAACGCUCGGCGCUACCUCGCGCGCCUCGAGACGGACGGCGCCGAUCUGACCGAGGCCACCGACAUCAACGCAGCGCUGGGCCAGCACCGGGGCAAGGUGUUCUGCCCGCCGACGCCAGCCGCACUCUCCAAGCAGAGGGCCCGAGAGCAGCCGGCCUACCUGAAGCGCUUCGGGGUUCCCGCGGUCGACUGGGACGCCUACCACCCGCCCGCAGUGGCGACGGUGCGGGAGGCCGCUGGCAAAGGAGUCGGGAGGUGGUGCGCGGACGACGUGGGGGCGGUGGUGUGGGGAGAGGCUGGCCUCAGGGAGCUCGCUAGGAUUUUCAAGAACUCCGAUAAGUUGGCGGGGCUCGCUUUAAAACCCUCGAAAUGCUGUGCCACCCCUCUAUGGGCCCCGUGGUCGGAUGAUCUCAUUGCCCCGACGUCCGAGAUGCUGGCCUCCGUGUGUGCACCCUGGGCUGAAUUCAAGGUUGGCCCAACGCUUGAGUACCUCGGCUGUGCUGUAGGCCCCGCUGCGGAGAGUGAAGAGCAGUGGGCAGCACCAGCGGCGAAGCUUGAGCACCGCGUCGCCGCCCUGGCGCGGUCCCACGCUGACACUGCUGCCGUCGUCUCGCUCUACCACGAACGCGCGCUUAGCGUGCUCUCAUACAAGUCGCAGUUAUAUGAGAUCCCUCGGUCCCUCCAGCGGCGGGAGAAAGAUCUGCUGACUCGCGUGUUUCGGGCCCCUGGAUCCUGGCUCUCUGCCUCCUGCUUCCUUGACCUCGACCCCCUCGGUGGUCCGCGGGUCCAGGGUCUCCGAAGCAACGCUCUCGCCGCCAGGAUGAGGACUGCCCUGUCGUUUAAAGAGUGUUGGUCCAGGAUGUGCGGCCUCCUAGAAGCCGCUGCGUGGGAGCAUGCCCAGGUUGGCCAGCUGCACUGGCGCGGCCCCCGCGGGGCCCAGGAGCUUUGCCACUGGCCGUCCUUCUGGCGGGAGCCGGCGGUGGCGUGGUCUCUGCGGGAGGCGGCGGAAGCUCGGCCGUCGUUGGGGCGGGACCGUCGGGCGGCCCUUGAGGGGCUGGCGGCCCUCGAG